AUGUCAGGUAAUAGUAUAUCUAGACCAAAACUUUUUCAACAUCUUCGUUUCGCCAAACAAAUUAAUCUGCCAAAAAACGAUGCACAAAUAGCAGCAGCUGUUAUGUUUUGCAGACGGCAUGGUUUAUCAACAGAACAAAUUGCAUCGAUCUGUCGUUAUUUUUCUCCUGGUUGUUGCAUUCGAUCUCGAACAUUGAUCAAAUAUUUUUUUCGAUUAUGGUCACUUGAAUCACCGCCGUUCUAUAGACAUGUCAAUCAAGCACUCUCUGAAUGUUAUGUUGAAGAUGCACAUCUUCUACGUUUCAUUUUAUAUGAUUAUUUUGAAAUGGUUUUUGAUAAAUCAUUACCGUAUUUGUGUGGUAUGCUCUAUCGUGGAAUUCAUACAACAGAAGAGAACAUGCUGUCACUGAUGGACCGUGUCGGUGAACAAAUUUAUUUUGUUUGUUUCACUUCGACAUCAAAAAAUCCUGCACGUGCUAUGGUUUGUGGAAAUCUUUUGUUUGAAAUUGAGACAUUGACCGAACAACAACAAAGUGAAUGUCGAAUACAAACUAAUGCCGAUAUUUCUACUUUCUCAGAGUAUCCCGAAGAAGAAGAAGUAAUCUAUGCACCAUUGACUAAAUUUCGUCUCCUACGCGUUACCUACAAUGUUGAUGAAAUGGGCAACAUGCAGUGCACUGCUAGAAUCCGUGAGCAAGAUGCAAGUAUUUUUUUUCAAUUAUUUCAGGAUAAACUACGUCUACCAAAUCGGACACCAUUUCAAAGUGGUACGAAUAUGUGGAAAACGAAAAAUGAUGACUGUUUUUUCGAUGUUUUAGAAUAUAUGAAAUCACGUAUUUGA